AUGGACACCACACCCAGGCGCAGCACUCGCUUGCAGGCUGCCUUGCAGGAGGGCAGGUCCGGUUUCAGUCCUCUCCUGGAAAGCGCCAGCGCCGCCAGCAGCGCUCCAAAGCAGUGCGGCGCCUGUCUGCUCGAUGUCGACACAGCCAGCAAAGAGGGUGAGUUCGUGGCCGUGCUGGACUCCUGCAACCCAACGCACUUCUUUCACGUAAGGUGCAUCUCGACCUGGGCAGAGCAGGAGAACACAUGCCCAUUGUGCAAGAACAGGUUUUACCGGAUUGGUGUCUACGACACUAACGGCGACUUGCGACGCAUCAUCACUGCAGAAGAGAAAGAUCAGAAUUCAGAAGGAGAGACGAGUGCUGAAUUUGAAGAUCACGUGUGCAGCAUCUGCAAGCGACCAGGAGGGGAUGACGCUCUCCUGCUGUGCGAUGGACGCAACGGUCGCUGCCGUGGGGCUGCCCACUUCUACUGUGUCGGCCUGCCCGGAGUACCGGAAGGAGACUGGUUUUGUGCCGAGUGCCAGGAGUUUCCAUUGUCGGAGUUCGUGCAAGAUGCAGUAGAGGAUAACCAGGAGCCUCUCGGUGCGAACCUGAAGAAGGAGGUCGUGCCGGAAAGCAAAAGCAGUGCAGCCAAGCGAUCUCCCUCGCAAUCGCCGGUGGCAAACAGAAAGACGAGUCCCAAGAAGUCCAAGUCCCGGAGUAGAGAGCAAGAGGCAGACACAGCCGGGAAAGACGGUGCGAGAAGCUCUUCCUCGAAGUCGAAGAGACCUCUUCCUUCGGAUGCUCCGUCGCUCACCGGCUCCAGCUCUCCGGACCCUGCGGUUCCCAAGUGGAUCUACCGAAAAGGGCCCUGCUUGUUUGUGGAUCUGGGUGGUCGUCGCAUAAAGGAUUCUGCUGCUGCAACGGUGGCUAAGUUUCUCCAAUCAGUGUUGGAGAAGGUGAAGGGGGUCAGGACCGGAUCUACAGCUUUGGACCUUUGCUUGCUGCUCGCUGGAAAUCGCUUGAGCAGAAGUGGCCUCGAAGCGUUCCUCAAGGUUGCGAAAGAGACAGGACAUCACGUGUCAUGCCUAGAUGUGGAGCGCAACCGACUCGACCCAGAAGCAAUGCAGUGGCUCGCAGAGUGGUUGACAAGGCAGCGAAGGGGUCCACCGCAGAAGAUUCUGCUCUCUCACAAUCGUAGCAUCGGCGAUGAAGCGGCCAAAGACUUUCUGCAGUUAUUAGGUCGGUCGCAGUCAGGAAGAGAGAUCCCACUGUGGAUUGAAGCCAGGUUUGUGGGCAUAAAGGACAUCGAUGCACUUUUGGAUGCCGUGUCUGUGGACAUCAACCUUUGCAUGGCUCUGGACAGCGAUGCUUGCGGUCCAGGCCGCUGCGCCUCACACUCUGCCAGUGAACCUGGACCGCAUCUGCACCUGCCGGGGAUACUUGAGCAGCACUCGAACUCCGAACUGAUCCCUAUCGCACAAGACACCUCCACCGCCGAGACUUGGAAGCGCUCUUUGUCUGAAUCGCGAGCUUCGCAGCAGCGGGAUCGUGCCAGGCCUUCUGCCAAGGGCUCUGCCAGAGAACCUGAGGAGCCGGGGGACAGCCAAGCAAGCCAAGCCAGCCAAGUAGAAGCCGAAUUACUGGAGUCACUGGAGCAAGAGCGUGCUCAGCGAAAAGCGUGGGCAAACUCCUUGGGUAGGUCCGUUGUGGCGGAGAUGCCAACCCAGGACCUUCCAGCACCUGCCCCGAGCUAUGGAUUGUGGGACCUGGUUCGUGCAGAGCAGCGGAAGAAGCGUCGAUCCGUGGGGCACGUGGGGUCUUAA